AUCUCCGAUUCCGCAGAUCAGUUGUUUUAAUCUCAUUUCUUUUAACUCCAAAGAAAAAUGUUCACCAUGACAAGAAUUCCUUCAGUAGGAUCAGUUUUGUCUUCAUACACCUCCAUAGCAGCGUCGGCUAUGGUGGCCCGUACGGUCAUGAGAGAGCUCCAGAGCUUAACCCACCAAUUCAUACCUCACCCAAUCAGGGUCAAAAUUCUCGACUAUAUUGCUAAACUAAUCAACCUCAAUCCUUCCCCCGACAAAGCGAUGAUGACCAUAACCAUCGAGAAGUCCACCGGCUUCUCCCCUAACGAGCUCUUCUCCGCCGUCAAAACCUACUUGGGAGCAAGAAUCACGCCUUCCAACACCCACCUCAAGGCCUCCAAAACCCCCCGCGAGGCUCACAUCUCUCUCUCCAUCAGCCGCGGCGAGACGAUCGUUGACAGCUUCGACGGAAUCGACCUCCGCUGGCGGCUAGCCACCGUCUCCUCCGGCGAGAAGACGGGAUCGAGCAGGGAGAAGGAGCCGCCGCCGGCGUCGUCGUCGGAGCGGACGACGUUUCAACUCAGUUUCGAGAAGGAGUUCGUGGACAAGGUGGUGGAGCUUUACCUGCCGCACGUGAUGGAGGCGGCGAAGGAGAUAAAAGCGGAGAAGAAGAAGGUCAGGCUGUUUUCGCUGGGGAUGUUCGGAGGCAUGGAAGUGAAAUCGGGGCCGUGGAGCUCGGUGGAUUUCGACCAUCCGUCGACGUUUGAGACGAUGGCGAUGGAGGAGGAGGUGAAGAAAAUGGUGGUGGAAGAUUUGGACAGGUUUGUGGAGAGGAAGGAGUUUUAUAAGAGAGUUGGGAAGGCGUGGAAGAGAGGAUACUUGCUUUACGGUCCGCCUGGGACGGGGAAGUCGAGCCUCGUCGCGGCCAUGGCUAACUACCUCAAGUUUGACGUGUAUGACUUGCAGCUCUCCUCCAUGGACGGCUAUGGCCUCCGGCAAUCGUUGGUCUCAGUCCCCAACAAAUCGAUUAUCGUCAUCGAGGACAUUGAUUGCUCCGUUAAUAAGUUGGAAAAUCGCGCCAAUCAUGUAGUUGGUGGUCCUACUUCGAUAAAGUCCACCAAGAGAAGAAACAAGUUGAUGCUAUCAGAACUGCUGAAUUUUGCGGAUGGGUUGUGGUCAAGCCUUGGAGACGAGAGGAUAAUAGUGUUCACAACCAACUAUAAGGACAGGCUUGAUCCAGCGCUGUUAAGGCCCGGCAGAAUGGACAUGCACAUCCACCUGUCCUACCUCACGCCCUCCGGAUUCAAGACCCUCGCUUUCAACUAUCUUCGAGUUAAGGAGCAUCCCCUGUUCGGAGAAAUCAAGGAGAGGCUGAAGGAGGUGGAGGUAACCCCUGCCGAGGUCGCCGAGAAGCUCAUGAGAAGCGACAACCCGGACGUAGCUCUCGGAGGGCUUGUCGAGUUCCUCCAAAGAAACAAGGCUGAGAUGGUGGCCAAGCUUAAUGAAACAGUCACUAGAACUACUUUUCAUGUCAAAAAUGGUAACUGUGAUGGGAAAAAUCCGGGUAUGGAAGUUGAAGAGUGUGAUGGCGUUAAGAGAGUGGAUAAGACUAAAAAAAGGAAGAAAGACAUGGUGAUCAACAAGGAAAAGAAGAGUUCGAGUUCAACCACAAAGAGAUGCAAGUUAGAUAUACUGGAGCCUGAGCUAGAUUAAUUUCUAAUGUAGAGUUUGAAAUCAAGUUAGCUUUCUCAGUAUAUCUAUUCUGUCAAUCAUUUUCAUAUUGCUAAAAGAUCUUUUCAUUUCAAUAGUUUGAAAUUACAUA